AUGGAGACUUUCUCCGCUCGUCUAGCGAGCUUCAACUCUGUCGUGCCAGCGAUCAACUCCCGAGUGUCUAGUUCAAGGACCAUACAACCAUUAAGAUGGCCUUACGAGUCACCGUCCCCGGAGCAGCUGGCUCAUGCUGGGUUCUUUUUCCGCCCGUACGACACCAAUCCGGAUAACACGAUGUGCUUCCUCUGCGGACGAGCACUAGAUGGCUGGGAAGAUGGAGACGAUCCGGUACUAGAGCAUUUGAAGCAUUCACCUGACUGCGGCUGGGCGAUUAUCAUGGACAUUCAAUCAAACACAUCCAACCCUGCUGAGAUUGUAGACCCCACCAGUUCCUCUAUUGUCGAGGCUCGCAGGGCCACGUUUGCGAUUGGAUGGCCGCACGAGGGUAAGCGUGGCUGGUUGUGUCAGUCGGAAAAGAUGGUCGAAGCCGGAUGGUAUUUCUGUCCCAACGAAGAAUCCCCAGACUUGGCAAGCUGUCCUUACUGCAAGCUAUCAUUAGACGGUUGGGAAGAGUCAGAUGAUCCAUUUGAGGAGCAUCACCGCCGCUCAUCCGAAUGCUCCUUCUUCGUCUUCGCUCUACCCGCCGCAAAAACUAAGAAAAAUGCUCGCGCUAAAAAGCCACGCGCUUCAAAGGCUUCCCGACUUUCAACACAGUCGGUUAUGACUACUGCCUCGGAGGCUCCCACGAUUGACGAAGACAUGACAGACGUCAGCAUUAUGUCUCAGUCGACAACCAAGAAAACGAAGGGCACGAGAAAGACUACUAAAUCACGAGCGAAAAAGACUAAGAAAGAUGAACCUGUCGGAGUUGUUGAAGCUGUGGAACCUGAGCAGGUCGAGAUUCAGGCACCUGAACCAGCAAGACCUAAGCGUGCUACUAGAGGGAAAAAACGAGGCAGCGAAGCGGUUACCCAGGAGAUGUCUGUCAUGACAGUAACAGAUGAACCGGCAGUCAAUUCAGAGCCGUCGCCGUCACCCAAGAGGCGAGCCACAGAAAUCCGCCGAAGUGUAUCCCAACAACCCGAGGAUAUACAACCUGAUAUACCAGAUGAAGCUCCGUUAGAUGUAGCAACUUCUCCCGUGAUGCCCAAGAAAGGCCGCAAGGGAGCCAAGAGAGGUACAUCGACCAGGACUCGAAAGACAUCCACGGCAUCCUCGUCAGGAACUGGGCAAAGCAGGAUCCCAGAUGAUUCCAUUCUUGAAGCAGCUAUUGAGGCCGAUUUGGCUCGCAAGUUGGAAGACCCAGAGCCCUUUGAGUUUCAUUAUAAGGAUGAAGAGCGAGAGAGUGCACGAUUCCGACAGCAAUCAAUAUCUACAUCCAUAAGAGCCCCGUCGGAGGCACGUUAUGACCGCGGAGAAAGUCAGGAAGCUCACGUGGAGGCACCGAAACAAGCUCACAUGGAAGAUUUAAUCAUAGAGGUUGUUCCAGAGCCGAAGCAGAAAAAGCAAACAAAGCGAAAAGCGACUGCGAAGAAAUCAAAGAAGGGAAAGGCGCCAGAACCUGAACCUGAGCCUGAGAUUGAACCCGAACCUGAACCCGUGCAGGAACCCGAGCGUGAUCCAGAACCUGAAGUAGAGCCAGAGCCAGCAGCUGAGUCCGAAGUUGAACCCGAAUCCGAGGCUGAACCGGAAACUGUUGGGCGGGCAAACUCGAAGUCGAAGCGUAUUUCACAGUCCAAGCCUUCCAAGGUUCAACAAAGAUCCAAUCAUGCAGAAGAAGCUCCACAGGUCAUGAUGGAGGUUGAGCCAGUCGUACGACAGGGAUCGGUUGUCACUGUUGAAAUUGAUAUGAACGACCUCCCGCCAGAGUCAGACCAGGAGAUGAACGAUUAUAAACCUCCCAAGAAGCAGGGCAGAAAAGCUGCUAGCAAAGGAAAGAAGCCUGCUGCUUCAAAGAGAAAAGAGAGCGAGAUCGUAACGGAGCAAGAGAAGAAUGAGCCAGCUGGUUUUGACUCACAGGAAAUCCUCCCAGAUGCUCCGAAACCUCCAAGACGUGAGUCAAAACGCAAGUCCAAGGAGACUAAAGAGGACUCUAUGAUAGUAGACAGACAUGAAGAACUUCCACUUGCUCCGGCUCAGAAGGAAACGGUUGACGAACAGCCCGCCAAAGCGAAACGUGGGCAACCUUCCAAAGAGAGCCAAGAAGUUUCUCGCAAAGAGAACCCGGUGGUUGAAGUCAAAUCGAAGCGAGGUCGGCCUUCCAAACAACGAUCCAUUCCAGCCGAAGAAGACCUCGGAGAGCAUUCAAAGAAGUCCAGGGUACCUCCUAAGAACACGCAGCGCUAUAGUGACUUGCCGAAAGACCGUCACCGUGCACAAAGUUUUAUAGAGUCUGUUACGCAAGAAACACCUUCACCUCAGCGACUGUCACCAAACAACACGCAUUCAACAACCCAGGAAAGAACCCCAUCACCAUCGCCCCAAGCAUCCGAUGCCGAGAACCAGCCACCAUCAACCAGGCCACCUUCAGCAAGGCCCCCUGUUCUCUCUCCAUCGAAACCACCUACCGCCCGUAUACCUAUAGCUGCUAGCACCCCUAUGCAAUCUCCGUCUAAGCGUCAGGCUAACUCGGGAUACUUGUCAUCUACGCAUUCAUGGGCACCGAUGGAAAUUGAAGAACUUCUCGGUAGUAUGAGUGACAAGGAGAACCGUGAUUUUGCAAUCGACCAGGACAAUCUUAAAGAAAUUCUGACGAGCCCUGAAAAGAAGAUGACAGUUGAGGAAUGGAUAUACUACAAUGCUAAGAACGGCGAGGAGCGACUUCGACGAGAAUGCGAGAGGCUUAUCAGUAUUUUCGAGAGAGAAGGUGGCCGAGCUAUGAGAGCGUUGGAAGGUAUUGAAUGCAUUGACUGA